AUGGCUAACCACGAAGAGGCAAAGGAAUGGUCUUCGAGUGGAUCUCACCCUAAGCUCAAUGAAAGAAUACUUUCUUCGAUGUCGAGGAGAACUGUUGCUGCUCACCCCUGGCAUGACUUAGAGAUAGGACCGGGAGCUCCAGCAGUUUUCAAUUGUGUGAUUGAAAUUGGCAAAGGUGGUAAGGUUAAGUAUGAGCUGGACAAGAAAAGUGGACUUAUAAAGGUUGAUCGUGUUCUUUACUCAUCAGUUGUCUACCCACACAACUAUGGUUUCAUCCCACGAACCAUUUGUGAAGACAGCGAUCCUAUGGAUGUUCUGGUUCUGAUGCAGGAACCUGUGCUACCUGGUACCUUCCUCCGUGCUCGUGCUAUUGGACUAAUGCCCAUGAUUGACCAGGGUGAGAAGGAUGACAAGAUAAUAGCAGUUUGUGCUGAUGACCCCGAGUUCCGCCAUUACACAGACAUCAAAGAGCUUCCUCCACAUCGGCUGGCUGAAAUAAGAAGAUUCUUUGAGGACUACAAGAAGAAUGAGAACAAAAAAGUUGAUGUUGAUGAUUUUCUACCAGCUCAGUCUGCCAUUGAUUCCAUCAAGUACUCCAUGGACCUCUAUGCUUCUUACAUAGUUGAGAGCUUAAGGAAGUGA